AUGCGUGGGCUUAUCAGCUUCUCACUGUUGCCGCUGCUGGCCUCAUCGGCACCCACCUCCUCCUCCUUCAGCACCGAGACGAUCCACGAGGGUGUUGCUCCCCUGAUCUCAUCUUCCAACUCAGUCGAAGUCCCCGACUCCUAUAUUGUUGUCUUCAAGAAGCACGUCACGGAGGCUGCUGCCUCUCACCACUGCAGCUGGGUCAAGGAGACCCACGUUGAGAGCGAGAGCGCGCGAACAGAGCUUCGCAAGCGAUCGCAGUUCCCCGUGGCCGAGGAUAUCUUUGAGGGCCUCAAACAUACAUACAACAUCGCCGGGAGCUUCUUGGGCUACUCCGGCCAUUUCGAUGACUCGGUCAUUGAGCAGGUCCGCAGGCAUCCAGAUGUCGAAUACGUCGAGAAAGACUCCGUUGUGCACACUCUAGGUGAUUACGAACCGGAGCAAACAGAGAAGAACGCCCCGUGGGGUCUUGCUCGUAUCUCACACCGAAAGAGCUUGGGGUUCAGUGAUUUCAAUAAGUACCUCUAUGCUGCUGAUGCCGGCGAGGGUGUCGAUGUCUACGUUAUCGAUACCGGAACCAGUGUCGAGCACGUUGACUUUGAGGGUCGCGCCCACUGGGGAAAGACCAUCCCAGCCAACGACGCUGACGAGGACGGAAACGGACACGGAACUCACUGCUCAGGUACUGUUGCUGGCAAGAAGUACGGUGUUGCCAAGAAGGCCAAUGUUUACGCCGUCAAAGUGCUUCGCUCGAACGGAUCUGGAACCAUGGCCGAUGUCGUAAAGGGUGUGGAGUGGGCUGCCAACGCUCACACCGAGAAGGUCAAGGAGGGAAAGAAGGGCUUCAAGGGCUCUGCCGCCAACAUGUCUUUGGGUGGUGGCAAGUCUCCUGCUCUUGACCGCGCUGUUAACGGUGCCGUUGACGCUGGAAUUCACUUUGCCGUCGCUGCCGGAAACGACAACGCCGACUCUUGCAACUACUCCCCAGCUGCCGCCGACAAAGCCAUUACUGUCGGUGCUUCCACUCUGGAUGAUUCUCGUGCCUACUUCUCCAACUACGGAAAGUGCAAUGACAUCUUUGCUCCAGGUUUGAGCAUUCUUUCUACUUGGAUUGGCAGCCCAUACGCCACCAACACCAUCUCCGGUACAUCAAUGGCUUCCCCGCACAUUGCUGGUCUUUUGGCCUACUACCUUUCUCUCCAACCAGCUGCCGACUCCGAGUACGCCGUUGAUGAAAUGACCCCCAAGAAAAUGAAGGAGAACCUCAUGGCCAUCGCUACCGAGGGUGUUUUGUCUGAUGUUCCAGCUGACACCAAGAACAUUCUCGCCUGGAACGGUGGUGGAAAUUCCAACUACAGCUCCAUCAUCGAGGCUGGUAGCUACAAGGCUGAUCAGCCCAAGUCCGCUAAGCUCCCAACUUCCAUUGAGCUUCUGGAGGAGGCCAUUGAGAAGGACUUGAACGUCAUCUCCGGCGAGGUUGUGAAGGACGCAGAGACUGUCAUUUCCAAGACGGCGAGAAUCUCUAGUAAGAUCCAGAAGAUGGUCGAGGCUGAGCUUCACAACUUGGUCGAGGAAUUGAGCUCUUAG